CCCACAAUCUCACAUCCGCAGAGAUAGAGUCUCUCAGGGAGCAAGUAGUGUCUCAGUGGAGUGCUCGCUUACUCAAGCUGCGAUCUCGUCAACUGAAGCCGUCCCUGACUGUGAUCCGCCCACGCAGCUUGAUGGGCCGAAGCAUAGCCAUCUGGUUGCUCGUCGCCGCCGCCGUCAUCCUGCCCCUGCUGGUGGCGGUCGCCACACAUCGCCUGCCGCGGCAUGCUCCAGGUGGCGGCUCCGGCGCGUGGGGUCGACCGGAGGGGCUGCGCCAUGGCGCUAGGAUGCCGGGUGUGGGAGCUGCGAGGCGCCUGGGGCAGAGGACGCCGUUGAAGGCGCCUCCCUCGCCGGACCCCGAUCCCGGCAAGGGCACGUCGACGCGUCGGCUGCCCACGCGCCUCCCCUCUCCUCCGUCGAUCAAAGAAUAGUGGCCAUUAAUUUUUUG